AUGGCACCUGCCCCCAUCAUCAUGGACACGUCCGACGAUUUCGUCCCAGCGCCUGCUGUCAAGACGGCCCUCAACCCAUCCGCCCAGCGAACCCUUCUGCUUGCGCCUCCAUCGCUCGCCGCCCACGAGGAGAAGCUACGCAAUGUUUUCACCACAUACGACCGCUCGACGUCGGAUCUUCAGAUGCUCGACCGCCUCAGCGCCGGGCUGAUCAAAUUGCCACCCGCGACAUACGAUCUCGUCCUUGUUCUGACAGACACGACCGGCGAACGAAGAGCAGAGGCGCUCAAGCUGUUGAGCCGGAAAGUGUUCACAGCCCUGGUCGAUUCAAUGAGAGAAGGUGGCAAGUUUUCGCUGCAGGACGGCCCGUUGGCAUCCGAGGAUGCCCGCGAGGCAAUCCUGGCUGGUCUGGUCGAGAAGGACGGCGCAUUCGAAAAGGUUGUCGAGGAGGAAGUUGUCGUGCCACUUCGCUUGGGCAAGAAGAAGACCAACGGUGCGCCCAAGGUUGCGCCCGCGCCUGUUCAGCCAGUGCAGAUCAACUUGGAUGACGAUCUUGACGACGACGAUGAGAUUAUGGACGAGAAUGAUUUGAUGACUGCGGAAGACUUCACCCGACCCAUUGUUCAGCCUGCCGAGUGCGCCCCCAAGCCGGGCAAGCGACGUCGCGCAUGCAAAGACUGCACCUGCGGGCUCGCCGAGCGCCUCAACGCCGAGGACCAGGCGCGUCGCGACGCCGCCGAUGCGAACCUCCAGUCGAUGAAGCUCAAGCCCGACGAGCUGUACGACGAACUCGACUUCACCGUCCAGGGGAAGACGGGAUCGUGCGGCAACUGCUCGCUUGGCGAUGCCUUCCGCUGUGACGGCUGUCCAUACAUUGGCCUGCCGCCAUUCCAGCCGGGCGAGGAGGUGACCAUCUUGAACAAUGCUGUUCAGCUUUGA